AUGGAGAUUCCUGAAGGCCUGCUUGAUGGCAACAGUUUCGAAAAAGCUAAGGUUUGUAAAUUGAAUAAAGCUCUUUAUGGACUUAAAAUCAGCCCAAAAAGAUGGAAUGAGCGAUUUUACGAGACUGCAUCUAAGUUGAGACUACAAUCACAUACGAACGAGCCCUGUCUCUAUACACAGAGAAAAGCAGAUAACUUUCCAGUCCUGAUCUUAUACUUAGAUGAUAUGAUAAUAGCCAGCAAUUGUGUAAGCAAAAUAAAUGAAAUUAAGACUGGUCUGCAAUCUGACCCAUUCCUUGUUAUGGUGACUUUUCAAGAAGAUAACGAGGAUUUAGUUAACAACAUACCUGUUUGCAGGACAGAAGCAAGAACACUAUGGAGUGUAGUGUAUAUUAUAGCUGUUUUUUUUUUUUUUUUCAUCUUACCAGCAGCUAUAUUACUUAUUAUCUAUUCUCUAAUAGUUUAUCAGCUCAAACAGACGACAGUUUUAAGAUGCAUAUCCAUAGCGACAGUAGUAAAGACUAGAGAUCAAAUCGUACGAAUGCUUUGUAUGAUUAUAUUUACAUUUUUUAUAUGCUUAUUGCCUCUACGACUAAUGAUUAUGUGGAUACUAAUGAGCCAACUAGAUGCAAUUAUUGAUGUUGGAGUAGAAAAGUACUUUUGUCUAUUGAAUUUUUCAAGAUUAAUGUUUUAUUUAAAUUCUGCUGUAAAUCCAGUAGUCUAUACUUUGAUGUCUUUAAAAUUUAGAAAAAAACUGGUAUCUAUUCUAAAGAAAUAA